ACCGCAGACGCAAUUUAGUCCGGGCACGCGGACGACGCGCCUUCAUCAGUCUAGAAAAAUCCACGAACAUCUUCGACCAGUCAAGUGAUGAACCCACUGCAGCACAGUAUUACGGAGCGAACUACCACAUCAGACAAAGCAGAUGCCGCAUUCGAAAAUCACAUAAAUGCUUUCUUGGCAAAAAAGGCCGGUGUUCUUAAUUUAGCGCACAUAGAUAUCGGUGAGAAACUUCCCGAACGGGCGAAGAGGAUGGCAGGUGUGGCUACGUCCGUGUACUUCGAACCCUACUUUGCCGCAACAAGCUCUGGCGUAGGCAGCCUGGCAGCCCGCGCCAAUAGCAUCGAUGCCGGCCUCGCGUACUGCAAGAAAGUCAAAGAGGCGACAGCAUCCUCGGUGAAAGUUGAAAAAUGAGGAUUUCAUCCAGAUCAUGAAGGAGAUGGAAAUGUAAAAAAGGAAUUGAAUGGAGGAAGGGCUCUUGUCAUGUGCAUGUGUGUGACAUAAGAGGGCGUGAGACGUACAAGGUUACUACUACUUUGUGCAUGUGUGUGACAUAAGAGGACGUGAGACGCACAAGCUUACUACUACUUUGUCCAUUUUUGGCUCCGCGAUAGGCGUGAAGUGAUCCCUGCCAAAACUAAAGAACAAGAUCAAUCAUUCAUACAAAGUAAGCCUUCUUGUAAUAAUGGGUAGUGUGUCAACGAUGCGUCGUCUUUAGGCUACGUUCCUAAGCCGUUCGGCGAGAGGAGG